UACGAAACAUUCAAUUAAAUUUCUGCAUUUUUUUCUCUCUCCAUAAUUGAUUUCUGCUAAGGAUGAUUUCAAUUUUUAGACGACCAGUUGCCGCAAUUUCUUCAUUAGCUAUUUCGACCAAUUCACAAAAACUAAUUUGCCAUUAAUAAUACAUAAAAUAACAAGACCACCUGACGCCUAAAGUCGGUCUCAGAAAUCAUUUAAAGAAGAAUAGAUUUUUACCUAAUAUGACAAUAAUUGUUAAACUCAAAUAACUGCUUCAACCAUAUUUGACGCCAUGAAUUAAUACACUUUCAUGUUUUUUAACCGACUUUAAAAAUCCCGUGAAAAAUUGAGGAAAAAAAAAACAAAUGCUUCAUUUUACGGAGAUUAAGAUUGCAUUUAAUCAGAUCAAUUACUCGCUUGGCUAAGAAUCUAUUGGAGCCUUCAGGUAAAGUUUUCCUCAAUUUUCACGAUUUACAGCAUUUCAAGCGUGAUCGAGUUUAUAGUAUAAAGACGAACCGUAAGUAAUUUAUUUCAUUUUAUACCCCUUAGGUCUUAAUAACUCUUCAUCCUAUAUUUUGCUUCGGUCCUAACUAGGAAUGCCAUUUUGAUAAGGUUUUUGUUUCUGCCCCUAUUUAUCUCAUUUUCAUUGUGCUUCUGUUCACGCCUCGUUCAUUUUUUCUCUGAAGUAUGGCCAACCAAAGCGUCCAUUUUCCGUUUACAAUUUCCACAUCGCUUACCAAUUCAACUUAGCAAUUUUGGCAUAAUUUUACCGAGCAGUCAAAAAUAUAGCCAUAAAUAUAAUUCACUACCAGACUGCAAAAUCAGCAAAAUUUUCAAAUUGCAUCAUAAAUAUUUUUGAAAAGUAGUUGCGUUUUAAUUAAAAAGAGUUCUGGUUAAUAAUUGAUAGGUAAACUUGCUUUAUUCUACAGCACAAAAACAUGUCUCAAUAUAGUCUUGCUAAUGCCAUAUUUCAAUUUUCCUGAUUCUUUUUUAUAUUUCUUUCUUCUCACCUUCAAUGAAUAUCUUUCGGUCAAACGAGGUAUCAGACACCUCCAGAAAAGCACUUUCCUGGCUUUCAACUGGGGUCCGAUUUGAGUCCCCAACACAUGCAAAUUUGAACCCCAAGGGACCUCCUAUUACAACCAGCGACAAUAAUUCCCUAAUUGGAUUGGGGCAAGCACUGACAGACUCGGAAAUACGUACUAGGCUGUUAAAUCGAGAUUCAAUCAGUCCCAGCGAGGAGCUGAAAAAAGCAGAAAAAGUAGACUACAGAAGAAAUAUUGCCACAGACUCUAAUUACCAUCUUUACAAAUCCAGACUGCCAAAAAACCCUCAAAAACAGCCGUUCAAUUUUACACCCCUUCACGUAAAAGAAUACGGAGAAAAUUAUUUGCCAAAUUUUCCAGAAAAUUCCAAUAUCAAAUUUUCUUCUCAGGAAUGGAGAAAUAACAAAGAAGGGUUAAAAUUGAAUUGUGAUUCGCCAGGAAAAUUGAGAAAAAUUUCAGCUAAUUCAGCAAUAACAAAUCAAACCUCGCUGAAUUUACAUCAAAGGGCCGUAAAAUCUGGUAUUAUUUCAUCGAAGACAGCGAAUUGUAGCCGUUCUAGCGUCAAUAACAACUGCGAUUUCAGUUCUAAUUCAAAAAUAUCACAGUCUGAAUUUCCUCCUUCUUUCAAACUAUCAGCGGACGCGACAUAUUUAUCAAGAACUGCUUCAUCUCAAAUCAAGGAAGCAAAAGAAUCUAAUAUUGGAUCAGCAGUCGCCUCGAUUAUAGAAAAAGGAAACGGGGGAAAAGUAGCAAGAGAUCAAAUUUCCAAUUCGGUCCUUUCAUCCCGGCCCUUAAGGACAUUUUCAACCUCCGCAACAAACAGCCAAUCAGAGCGCAGUUUAAAACCAGCUCCUCGACUUAGUUCACGCAUCAAGCACAAAUCCAAUCUGCCACCUGAUACCACUGAACCUAUUUCGACAUACAGUAAUUCCUCUGAAGCCACAUUGAAGGGUGAUAUCUUAGCCGAAAUCGCAUUAAAUCGAACAAAGCGGUCAUCAUUUCAGGCGAUUUCAGAUUACAAAUCAGACGGCAACUUUGCCCCAAGCGCCUUUAUCGACCCAAAAAGCAGUGAAACAAAUUUAAGUGAACUUUUCCAUCUUACUUCAGAUUUUAAUCCGAUUCGUUUAUCAGAAGAAGGAAGUAAAUUUCAGAACCAUACAUUCAGAAGUAGUAGAGUAGAAUUGCCAUUACAACCUCGCCGCGACAGCUUCGUAUCGAAUAGCAUCAAGGUUUCCAACUAUACUUCUCUGAAGAGUCAUUUCGCAAACUACAUCAACCCAGACUGUAUUUCAUCCUGUAUUGGAAACGAAAUACUGAAAGUUCCAGCCGCUUUUCCAGACAUGUUGCAGGCGGAAACCAACUUGUCAAAUAUGACUAACUCGACAAUAGUAGACCCAGAAGCACUGGCGAUAGCGCAAGCUCAAGCGGAGCUAAGGAUGCAGAUCUUGGCGUUCGAACAAAUAUUCUCCACAGUUGUCGGAAUUUUGGGCCUCAUUGGCGCUUUACUAGUUAUACUAGUGUAUAACUUCCGCCACAAAGCAACACCGAGUGAAAAAAUCAUAACAGCGCUUUCUUCAAUCGAUUUUUGCUAUAACCUCAAUGCGAUUAUUAUUUUAACUAUGGGCAAAUAUGUCAUAACCGAUCGCGAAGGUACCGCUUACUUCGUGCUUCGGUGCAUGAACUACUUUCUUUUCGGCUUUGUUGUUAUCACUUCGUUUCUUCUGAUCCAACUCAUAACCGUGAACAGAUUUUACGCCAUUUGUCGCCCAACUGAUUACAAAACGACCUUCAACAAGGAGCGCGUCCGGUUGAUUCUCAUUGCGAUAUUCGGGGGUUCGUUUCUGCAGGGACUGACCAAUGCCUCGUAUGCGUUUUUCGAAGAUGUGAAAAUAGCCCAGAAAAUAAUAGACAUAGAGUACAUUGGCAUGAUGGACCUGAAUGUGUCGGCGGCUGCUGCUUUGAUGUGUUUGGUGUAUGUGAAAGUGCUUCUCAAGUUCGCCAAGCAGAGAAAGAGGAUGAGCAUGCAUGCGCACGGGGCCCGCACAGCCACGCAGGAAAGAGUGAGAAAAGCAAAUGCCAUUCCACAGUCUCCAGACAAGAAAGGCGAGAAAAAGUUGGAGAGUGAAUCGAGGACACUCCUUUCGGUUCCUCUGAGCUCUGCCCCUGCGGCCAGUAGUUCCGAAUCCAACCAAAUAUCGGUCGUCGCAUCUGCAGCCCACGAGAAACGAGUUGUCGCGGCAUCGCCCUCAACUCCUAGAACCCAGUCCCAAAAACGACCGAAGAGCAGCAGUUCGGAUCGAGUGACAUUCACAUUGUUCAUAAUUAGCAUAGCUUUCAUGUUUUGUGUGUGUCCUUUUGUGGUGGACUACAACUACAAAACCCUGACGAACCCUGAAAAGCCGAAUCAGUGGGUUUCCUUUUUUAUCCGACUUCUCUUCCAGAUUAACUUUCUCUCCAACCCUGUCAUAUACUUUUCGACGAGUAAAAUAUUCCGGGGCCGAACUUUCGAGCUGAUUGGAUAUGUCUCGCCGAAACUGGAAAAGUACAUUCGGACUACGAAGCUUUUCAAAAACUGUCUUCCGCCCGAAGACGCCAAUCCAAAACAGAUUACUAACGCAACAGCUGCGCGAAGUUAUGCGAACACUGAAAAAACCACAUUCUAAAGUUCUUGCAGUUGCGAUUAAAAAAUUGAAACACUCAGAAACACAGAUGUUUGUUCACUCAUAGUAGAUGACCAUGAAAAAAAAAUUUGUUUCAAUUUUUAUCGCAUCUAUGUAUCGAAUGCAGUAACUUAAGAAAAUAACCCUUUAUUAUAUCAUAACCAAUCAAAUUUUUAAAUUGGUUUCUGCGAACCUGAAAAUCGAUUGAUAAAAAAUCUAGAAAGUCCGCAAGUUGCAAUAGUUUGUAAAUUCCCCACAGUCUUUAUAUUUUUAUUUAUUUUUAGAAUCGCGGCUAUGAUGAAUUAUUCGAUGUUAUUGUUUUUAUGACAAGUUUUCCUUGUUUAGCAGAUGUUUCAGUUACAUAGGUUAUUUUUUACCGUUGAGUGCUAGUAGAUAAGCAGCAGCUAUUUUAUUUUCCCCUCAAAAUUGAAGGCGCAUAUGAAAAAUUAAAAUUCAGAAGGAUGGUAGAUAAAUUAUUCAUGAUUACAUGAUUGGCAAACGCAGAUGAUCAGCUAAUCGAUAAAUAGAGAACUUCGCUUUCUUUUCUAAAUCUCAUAUGCAUAUUGUAUUUUUCUUAUCAAAUCAAUUAAUUGUAUUUACUCUCUUUAACUCAGAAAUUUACAUUAUUCCAAGUUUUUUUAA